GUGUUCUUUAGCGGGAGUGAUCGGAGAAAAAAUGACGAACUUUGACCGCGAUUAAUGUAGUAUCUGUGUAAACAUAGAUAAAGUCGGCUAAGGAACUAAUAUUUUCCAAUGUUUUUGCCAGUAAGUGAUAUUUUAUAAUAAUAUCAAUAAACCAAUUUAGCGUGAUCACGAGAUGGUCGGGUCAAUGGUUGAUCUUUAAUUAAAGAAGGAUGGGUAUUUGUAAUUGGUUCAUCAUUGGAGAAGCUUGUGGGUUUUUAAUGUUAACAUUUCACAUCAAGAGAUUUUUGCCUUUUAAAAAACUUGCAACUUUUAAGAGUAUUUGGUACAAAAAUAGAAGAACAAUGUAUUCAAAUGAGGCCAUCACUCAUAAAGAGAUGCAGGUGGUAGAUUUAAGGAGUGACACUUUAACAAAACCUAAUGCAUUAAUGAGGAAAGCAAUGUUUGAAGCAGAAGUUGGAGAUGAUGUAAUGGGAGAAGACCCAACUGUUAUGGCCUUAGAAAAAAAAGCUGCAUCUCUUCUGGGCAAAGAGGCUGCUCUUUUCGUGCCUAGUGGUACAAUGGCCAAUUUGAUUGCUAUUAUGAGACAUUGUAACCAACGGGGCAGUGAAAUAAUUGUGGGAGACAGUAGUCAUAUUUUCAAAUAUGAACAGGGCAAUUCUGCUCAGAUUGCUGGUGUGCAGUUACGUACACUUCCAAAUAAAGUUGAUGGUACAUUUGAUCUCUGUGAGCUUGAAAGGAAUAUUCGAGGGGAUGAUGAUCAUGAACCAGUAACAGCCCUUAUAUGUGUAGAAAAUACACACAAUUUGUGUGGUGGAAAAGCUUUGCCUCUUGAUUGGCUAGAUAAGCUGGCUUAUAUUGCAAAUUUACGAGGUAUUCCAUUGCAUAUGGAUGGCGCUCGUCUAUUUAAUGCUUCUGUUUAUCAACAAGUACCUCCUUCUCGAAUUGUUCGUGAUUUUGCUUCAAUAAGUUUUUGUCUGAGUAAAGGUCUUGGUGCUCCAAUAGGAUCAUUGCUUGUGGGUUCUAAACAAUUCAUCAAAGGAGCACGAAGAUCAAGAAAGGCUUUGGGUGGAGGAAUGAGACAAGUUGGCAUCAUUGCUGCUGCUGGUCUAAUAGCAAUAGGUGAAAGUCGAACAGAAAGAUUAAUUAAAGAUCAUGCUAGAGCUUUAAAGAUUGCACAUGCUGUUGUUAAUUUACAAAGCAAGAAAAUCACUGUUGACAUCCAGAAUCAACAUACAAAUAUCAUUUUAUUAAACAUCGAUUCUAAAUACAUGAACGCUCAAGAAUUUUGUCAACGUCUUUCUACAGUCACAGAUCAAGAGAAAACAAUAUUGGGAAACAAGUUAGUAAUAGUGAAAGCAUAUCCCAAAAAUGAGACUAGUGUAAGAUUGGUAACUCAUGGUGAUCUUACUGAUGAUGAUGUGGAUGCUGCUAUCCAAAAAAUAAAGUCAGUUAUUCAGGAACUUGAAAGCUAAAGGUUUCCAAAGAAAGAUUAUAUUCAAGUUGUUUGCAAUUUUUUGUAUCAUAUUUUUUUAAAUGAAUAAUUAAUUAAAAAAAGUAGAUAAAUUAGCAAAUCCAUUAGAAAAUGAAUGUAUUUUUAUAUAAGUUGCUAAUUAUGUAUAAAAAGUAAGUGUUAAAAGUAACAAAAUAAAUGAAUUAAUUUUGGAAUUAUUGCAUACACAUUAUAUUUAUUUGUUAUUAACAGAACAUUAUAUUUAUUUGCAUUUUUGUUGAAAAUUUUUAUUUUAUUGUUAAUAUUUGUGUUUCCCCAUUUUGAGGUCUGAACUGCACUGAUCGAGU